CCUGUCAUGGCGGCGCACCGAGGCGGGAGCAACGGCCGAGGCUGGUUCUGGGCUUUGGCCGUUGGGGUCACGCUGCUCAAAUUGCUCCUCAUACCGACCUAUCAUUCCACAGAUUUUGAGGUGCACAGGAACUGGCUGGCCGUCACCCAUAGCUUACCAGUCUCCCAGUGGUAUUACGAAGCAACUUCUGAGUGGACCUUGGACUACCCACCUUUCUUCGCUUGGUUUGAGUAUGCACUUUCCCACAUUGCCAAAUACUUGACGAGAGAUGCUCGUGAUCCAAAACCUCAACUAUUCCAGCCAGGCAACUGUUCUCUUCCAGAGGCUUUCAGUCAUCUUUACAGACGUGCUUUUUAUCUAUGCGGCUCACGAAUGCUGUAA